AGGAGGCCAGCGUAAUUGUUAAUUCAUUCGCUUACGGAAAAAAAACGAAAACUUAUCUCCAUCAUUUUUUCAUUAAUUGUGAAUCAGAAACGACAUUCAAGAAUGGGUACUAAAGUUGAGCUUUUAGUAAAUUUAUUGGACCAAACGAAAGAUGCAUUAGAAGCGAUUCAGACGGAAAGAUUUGAAAUGAAUACCAACGAAGCAUCUCUGAAAACGAAAAAACAGAAAACGGACGAAAAUUUUCAAAAAUUAAUCAAAUUGAAAAACGAGGACUACAACACCAUUCUAUGCAUUCAAAAUGAAAUCCUUGCAAUGGAUGAGGAAAGUGACGAUUUUCGCGCAUACAAAGAUGAUGGAGUGGCGGACAAAAUUGGCAUGAUCGAUAAAUGUUUCGACCAAACAUUCGCGAUUGUCGAUCAAAUGAAAAGAGAAACCGACUUUCUUGAAAACACAUCAACCGAAUGUGAAGAUGAAUCAGCGAGAGUUGAUGGAUCGAACGACUAUUUUGGUAUGAAAACUGAGUUCAAUAUUAGUUCCGGUGAUUCAAAUUCAAUUUCGAAUUAUGGCGACGGUAUUGAAGACUUUAUGCAACAGAUACCAGAUCACACACCGACUAUAUUAGAGAGGUUUUCGGAAAGCCAUUAACAAAGGCUUUGGCAAUGGUGGUUUUACAUCAACCCAACGAUCCAAUCGACUAUUUGGCAAAAUUUUUACACAACUACCGCAACAAUGAAUAAUUGUAUAUUGUGUCUGGCAAGGUCAGUAAAUUUUAGUCCCAUGUUAUACAUAUCUACGUAAGAUCUACUUUCGGAUGUUUUCGGAAAACAGGAAGUGUUUACCGCAGCUAUCUAUUGAAAUUCUGAA